AUGCGAUUUCCACUUUUGACUACACUCCAAGUGGGUCUUGUCGCCAUCGCAGGACGUGCAUCGCCGACGGGGCCACUAAUCGAACGCGUUUUUCAAUCGAUCUCAGAGCAUGAUCCGGCUACCGUCACAAAGUGGGAGGAACCACCUUCGCUUGGCAGUGGAUCAUUCCUUUCUCCCCUGCCUUUGACAGUAGCACCCAAACCACACGAGCAGGGAAGUAGCUCGGCUUUGGCUUUGGUCGAUUCGCAGCCUGCCGCUUACAUUGUGGUGCCAAAUCGAGAGUCAACGAGUGCGAGAGCCGCGUCCGCUCUUCCGCCUGCGCAGGGCGCGAAUGGUGAACCGAUCACUCCACUGAUCGACUUUCAAUUCUCCAACUUGCUCAAAGAUCCGCUGCGAACAAAUUGGCUCAUGCUUCCGACCGACAAGGUGCACUUGCGCUCACCCUGGCUCAAUAACGUCUACCAGCACCUCGUCACCGCACUUCCAGGCCGUAAGAGCGCUAUUCCCUUCGGACAAGUCGAGCUUUCGGACGAGCAAAUCGCCAGCCUUAUUCCACGAAAACGCUUUUUCUAUCCUCAAGGCCAAGUGUACAAGCUGCAUCUCCCCGCUUCCUGGUUCAGGCCACCCGUGGUUGAGCCUAUGGAGCUGCUCUUCAGAUAUCACUCCAAGCUCCGCUGGUCCACGGGCGAUCAGCUCAAGUCCAGUAUAACAUUCUGGAGCACGACCGAGGGCGGCUCGAAAAUGGCGUUCCUCGGCGCCUUCCACAUAAGCUGGCCCAGCUGGAAGAAGUUCGUCGAGAAAGCUCCUGGCGUAGAGAGGUUCGUGAUUUUCCACGGCUGGGACAGAAGUACUGGAGUGGCUGAGAGGCUCUUUCUCGUUCCAAAGCCUCCUGCAGACUCGUAG